AUGUCAUCGAAUCAUACACAAACAAAUAAUGAUGAUGUUGCAAUUCUUGAUGUAACAUCAGAUAAUAAUGAUGAUCAAAGUCCAUUAUUAAGUGAUAAUACUCAGCAAAAUAAUUCCAUUUUAUUAACACCUAAUGGUGAUACUAUUCUUGUUCCAUCGAUAUCUCGUUAUCGUUUAACAAAUAUUCUUCGUAUUAUUCUUUUUAUUGAAUUUCUUACAUUACUUACCAUUUGGCUAGUAGGUAGUAACACACAUUCUCUUAUUGAUGAUAUAAUUCAUUAUCAAUUCACAACAUCUAUAUUUGAUAUUGUUUGUGUAUCACUUUGUAAACUUAUUUUAUUAAUUAUUCUUCUAACAGAAUUAGAAACAUCAGUUAUUGUUCGUUUAUAUACACCAAAUUCUCCUCGAUCAUUUAUUUUUAUACGUUAUGUAUAUACAAUUAUACUUAUUAUUCUAUCAAGUUGUUCAUUAGCAUUUUCAAUUAUAAAAUUAAUAUUUAUUUUAUAUAAAUUAAAUUUAAAUAAACUUUAUUUAUCAUCAAUUUAUUUAUUUCUUAUAUUUUCAUCAAUAGAAUUUAUUGGUACGUUAUUAAUGGUACCAUAUUUAACACGAAUAAAAUUACUUGGACAACAACUAUCAAAUUCAAAAACAAAAAAAGUUGAUUUAAAACGUCUAUUAUCAUUAGCAAAAUCAGAACGUUUAUUACUAAGUAUAGCAGUAUGCUUUUUAUUAGUAUCAAGUGCAACACAAGUUAUUCAACCAUAUUUUUUUGGACAAAUUAUUGAUGAUGCGUUAAAAUCGGAUACAAUGCGUUUAGUCAAUAUGAAUGUUCUUAUUUUAUUUGGUAUUAAUUGUGUAGGUGCAAUAGGAUCAUCAUUUCGUUCUUGGUUAUUUGAAUUAGCUGGACAGAGAAUUGUUUAUCGUCUUCGUCAAAAUAUAUUUGUUUCAAUAAUAAAACAAGAAAUUGGCUUUUUUGAUAAUACUCGUACCGGUGAAUUAACAAAUCGUUUAUCAAAUGAUACACAAGUAUUACAAAAUGCUGUUACUAUUAAUAUAUCAAUGCUUGUUCGUUUUUUGUUACAAAUUAUUGGUAGUCUUGCUGUUAUGUUUUAUUUGGAAGUAACAUUAACACUUGUUUUAAUGGGUGUUGUACCAGUUAUUAUUCUUAUUUCAAGACAGUAUGGUUCUAUUGUACAAAAAUUACGAAAAAAAUUUCAAGAUGAAUUAGCUGCAGCUGGAUCAACAGCUGAAGAGUCAAUAUCGAAUAUUCGAACUGUACGUAUAUUUGGUGCAGAACGUAAAACUAGUAAUCAUUAUCUUGACAAUUUAUUAAAAUCAUAUGCAGUUGGAAAAAAAUUAGCAUGGAACAGUGGUGUCUUUAUGGGUGUAGUUAGUUUAUUAGUAGCUGGAGGUAUUUCAAUUGUAUUAUGGUAA